CUGAAAGACCUCAAAGGACAUGUCAGGAAGCUGGAGUGUGAAAUCUCACUCGAUAUCCUCCAGCGUACAGCAAUCUUGGGCACGGCCAGCAUCCUUCACCAUGUCCUUCAGAAUUAAGACGAGUAUGAGGUCUGGGAUGUGGUUCAUCCCCCCUCAUAUCUCCAAUACCGGCAGACCAUGUUGCAUAAGUCUCAGAAGCCCCCACCUGUCCUGGAGCCCCCAGUCAGCAAACCAUUCUCUCGGCCUCAAGUUGAUUUGGGGGCUCCAGGAGGUCCUCUUCAGCCACCUGGACCUGAAUUUGGACUCAGUGGUCCUGGUCAGCAGAGGCCAUUUAGACCACAAAGAGAUGAUGAUUUUGGACCCUCCAGGGGAAUGAUGGGGGAUCCCAUGGGGCCACCUGGGUCUCGAGGACCACCUGGACCUGCACCAUUCCGGUCAGGACCUCCUUCUAGCUCGUUGGGUAAUCACCCCCCCAUGGGAUUCAAUGACAUGCAAGACAUGGAUUUGAGACAGAGGGGAAGAGCCAGACCUGGACCACCAGGCUCUGGAGACAUGGAUAUGCGAGGUCCACCAAGAGGUGGAGAUAUGGAUUUGAGGCAAAUGCCAGGUGGACCUGGACCAGGCCCAAGAGCGACCAUGAUGGGAGAUGUCACUGCCAGUGGCCCUAGAGAUCCUCGGCUUGGUGGACCUCCUUCUCGACCCCCUGGAAUGGAUUUUGACAGGUUCAGUGGAGAUAAAAUACCGCCGCAUGAUCGAUUUGCAGGAUCAGCUGGCAAUGAUAGGGACAUGCGAGAUGGUCGGUAUGAUCCUCGUUUGGAGAGGGGGGGAGGAGUGAUGGAAGGGAAUCGGCCACCAGUGUCUGCUGGUGGAGGAAUACCUGGCCUUGGACCCAUGCCUAAGUUCUCUCUUCCUUCAGGUGCAGCUCCUGCUGCUGGACAGUCCCCUGAUCAAGAAAAGGCUGCUCUGAUCAUGCAAGUUUUGCAGCUGAGUGAUGAGCAAAUUGCCCUUCUGCCACAAGAACAACGGCAUAGCAUCAUGGUACUCAAGAGUCAAAUUGCAAAGAGUGCGAAUCCAUAGAUCACUUAAUCUCUCACAUGUGAAACUUCUGAAUUCUGUGGACCUCUUUUUUUUCUCCGAUUUUGUGUACCUUGUCUUAUGUGACUGUUCAAGUCAAGGGUGAGGAUGGUGAAUAAACGAUCACAAGAACCUUCUUUGCAAUA